AUGCGCAGUGGGGUAUCUUGGCUAUUCGCGCUGGCUGGCGCAGCCUUAGUCAACGGAUUCUCGUCGGAGAGCAGAGACGCACCAGCAGUGGUUGCAGUCCCCUUUCGACAUGAUCGACCGGUCCCGAACCAGCUUUUGAAAAGGUCCAAGAUCGCUGAUAUCGCAACCGAUUUUCAAUGGGAUGUUUACAACGUAAACAUCACUCUUGGCACCCCACCACAGAGCCUCAUUGCCAUCUUUAGUACCUGGGGAAAUGGAUGCUGGGUAACGGGUGUCAACUCCAGUGACUGCAGCGUUUUUACAGACACAACGACCUGCGGAGGUGACGGUGCUUACAACCGAACCCUUUCGACAAGUGCGAAGUUGCUUGACGAAAAGUUCUCUUACGACGAUUCCAGCUCACAGUUGACCGGUGAAUUCGUGACGGAUGUCCUCACCAUUGGAGACGCGAAGGUGAAUGACAUGAAAAUGGGAGUGGCCGAGUGGGGCUUCCCUUCGAACACAAUAAGCCUGGGAUAUGGAAAUACGUCUUCCACCUCUUUUACCCAGGCACUGGCAGACUCAGGCGCGAUCAACUCUCCAGCUUUCAGUAUGUGGUCGAACAUGAUCUUGUUUGGGGGUAUAAACAAAGCGAAAUACGAGGAGCCUCUCUACACAUUUCCCAUCGUCAAUGGCUCCGAUCUUACCAAAGCCCUUCGUAUCAACAUGACCGGCAUCUCAGUCAAUGAAACCGCCAUGGUAUCGGACAAAUUCCCGCUCGAUGCGGUGUUCGAUAUUGAAGUCGAUAUGACAUAUGUGCCCGACUACUUGGCUAAGGCUUUGUUUGCCCAGAUCGGGGCAACAGGCGUGCCAGAUGAUAAUGGACAGGUCAACCUUUCUUGUAGUUCUGUCGGUGAGAACGCGACGAUCGGAUUUAACUUCGGGGAUUUGAAUGUCCAACUCCCUGCUUGGUCAUUUCUGAGCGGCAAUCCCGACAUUGGCGAAUCCGAUUACGAGACGGAUGAUCUUUGUUAUUUUACCAUUUGCGAGAAUAAGGAACUUCAGAAUGAAGGUAGCAUCGUGUUAGGGACUAACUUCAUCACUCUGGUAUACUCAGUGUUUGAUCUGGAGAAUGACGAGAUUUCUUUGGCCGGUCGGAACUGGAACGCGGCUAGUGAUGAUAUCGUCGAGAUCACAACGGGCAAAAAUGCGGUUCCCGGAACUACUGCUGGGUCCAAUUCUACUGGGUCCAAUUCUACCGGGACCAAGUCUGCGGGGAAAAAGUCUGCCGGUAUUCGCAUUGAAGUUGGAAUGCGUGCAGGGGCAUUGAUCUCUGCGAUUGCACUCUGGUGCUUUGUUCUAUGA